AUGAUGGAGAUGCAAGAGAAACUUUUCAUCAAUAACGAGUACGUCGCAUCGCAUACUAGCGAGAGGCUCACGGUGCACAACCCGUACGAUGGAAGUCUUGUUUCAGACAAGAUCGAAGUAGCGCUAGAAAAGGAUGUCGACUUGGCUGUGUCGGCAGCACAGGCGGCGUUCCCAACAUGGCAGGCAAUGACAGGCGUACAGCGUAGUGCGCUCAUGCUCAAGUACGCCGAUCUGGUCGAGAAGCAUACUCAACAGAUAGCCCAGCUCGAGUCGCAGUGUAUGGGAGCGCCCAUGAUGCUGGCGACGAGGGUGGUAGGGAACCAUGUGGCCGCUUUCCGGUAUUACGCAGGUUUGACAGAUAAAAUCGGUGGCACUACUUACGCCGAAGAUGGCGAUGGCUUCUUCAAGAUGGUGUUGCAGGAGGCGAUUGGAGUAUGCGCAGGCAUCGGAGCGUGGAAUGCGACGCCCAUCUUUUCGGCGUUGAAGAUCGCACCCGCUAUCGCAGCAGGUAACACAUUUGUGUUCAAGGCGUCAGAGAAGUCGCCGCUGGGCGCGUUGUACCUUGGACUACUGUUCUGCGAGGCUGGCUUUCCCCCAGGUGUAGUGAACUUUGUGUCCGGCGGGCCAGCGACGGGUGCUCUCCUCGCAUCGCACAUGGGCAUUCGCAAAAUCUCCUAUACGGGGUCCGUCAGCGGCGGACGCGCAGUACAGGAUGCAGCCACAAAGAGCAACCUGAAGCAAGUCACACUUGAGCUGGGAGGCAAGUCGGCAGCACUUGUCUUUGACGAUGCCCACCUCGAGACCGCCAUUUCGCAAUGCUCGCAGACAUUCGCCCUCAAUGGUGCCCAGGUAUGCUCCGCAGCCUCGCGAGUGCUUGUCCACCGCGACAUCGCCGAUGCCUUCAUCGCGGGCAUCAGCACUGCUUUCAAGCAGUUGGCUGCAGCCCACGGCGCGCCGGCGGAAGCCUUCUUUGGCCCCUUAGUUGACAAGCAGCACCGUCAGCGAGUGCAGGCCUUCGUGGAUGCUGCCCGUGACGAGGGCGUCAAGGUGGUCGCAGGCGAGGUGCCUGACCACCCCACCGCCCUAUUCAUGCCGCCGACGAUUCUGAUCGAUCCGCCAACCAACAGUCGCGCAUACCGCGAGGAGAUCUUCGGGCCUGUCUUGGCUGUGAAGACCUUUUCCACAGAGGAGGAAGGUCUUGCACUUGCCAACGAUUCCUCCUACGGGCUCGCUGCUGCUGUCUUCACCUCCAGUAUGCCACGUGCCCUGCGUGUAACCCGCGCUCUCCAUGUCGGCAUGGUGGGAGUCAACAGCCCGGUCCUGCCCUUGAGCCAGCUGCCAUGGGGCGGGUGUAAGGAGAGUGGCUACGGGCGCGAGGGCGGGAUGGCUGGUCUGGAAGAGUAUCUGCAGUCCAAGACGGUCAUGAUCAGCAUGAAGGACCCAACUUCCGCCAAAUAG